AUGAACCAACCUGUCAUCCUUUAUGCCUUAGAACGGCGCCAAAACGGCGCCAAGAAUGUGUUUCUCACUAAGUCAGAUGUAGAGGGCAUCAUCCGGAUCAAGCAGGGCGACCAGCAGGCGCCCUCAGGCCGGCGGCGGCGGGGUGCGGGAGGGGGGGCGGCAGUGCAGGGCGGCGCCAAGAACUACAGCAAGAAGGUGCUGCAGUUCUUCCAGGUGCUGAAGGGCGCUGGCGGUCAGGACAUCCUGUGCCGCUGCGUCAAGCGCAGCGGAGAGUGGCGGUGGUGCCCCGUGGUGCCGCUCGAGGAGCUGCCCCGAGUGAUCAAGGAGCACCACGAGCGGGCGACUGGCUUCAGCGGUGUGGAGAAGCUGUACACACAUCUGGCCUACAACGCACCCACCGAGCUGGCAGCUGGUGCUGACGGCAAGGUGCUGGCCUCUAGAGCACAGUUUCCUUCCACUGUGCUGUACGGGGUAGCCGAUCUGGUGGCCUGGCUGUGGACUGGGGCCAGCAGCGAGGAGCGGCGGGGUGAGCAGGCACGCCACCGCCACCACCCGCGCGGUGCCGCCAGCGGCUGUCGGCCGGUGGGCGAGGGGCUGGCUGACCUUGUGGGCCACACGCCGCUCAUCCGCCUCAGGAGCCUGUCAGAGCAGACGGGGUGCGAGAUCCUGGCCAAGGCCGAGUUCCUGAACCCGGGGGGCAGCGUGAAGGACCGGGUGGCUCUUGAGAUCAUUCAGGAGGCGCUAGCGGAGGGGCGGCUGGCGCCAGGCGGCCUGGUGACCGAGGGCACGGUGGGCAGCACGGGCGUCAGCUUGGCCAUGUGCGCCGCCGCCUACGGCUGCCGCGCCUUCAUCGCCAUGCCCGACGAUGCGGCGAUAGAGAAGGCGCAGAUGCUGCAGGCGCUGGGCGCGGAGGUGUUGCGGCUGCGCCCCGUGUCUAUCACCCAUCCCGACCAUUUUGUCAACGUGGCACGCCGGCGCGCCACUGAGCAGUCCAACGCCGUUUUCGCCGACCAGUUUGAGAACCCCGCCAACUUUCGCGCCCACCUGAAGACAGGGCGGGAGAUCUGGGAGCAGACGGGCGGGCGCAUCGACGCAUUUGUGAGCGGCGCGGGCACCGGCGGCACGAUAGCGGGGGUGUCCUGCUUCCUCAAGCAGCAGCGGCCGGCGGUGCAGGUGUUCUUGAUAGAUCCGCCUGGCAGCAGUCUGUACAACAAGGUGACGCGGGGGGUGAUGUACACCCGGGAGGAGGCGGAGGGCAAGCGGCUGCGGCACCCGUUUGACACAAUCACAGAGGGCGUUGGCAUCAACCGGCUGACCCACAACUUUGCCAGGGCCAGGGUGGACAGCGCCUUCAAGGGCACAGACAGAGAGGCAGUGGAGAUGGCUCAGUACCUGCUGCGCAACGAGGGCUUGUUUGUGGGCAGCAGUGCCGCCAUGAACUGUGUGGGCGCUGUGAAGGCGGCGCGGCAGCUGGGGCCGGGCCACACCAUCGUCACGGUGCUGUGCGACGGCGGCCACCGCCACCUGUCCAAGUUCCACUCGCCGCCGUACCUGGCGCGGUAUGAGCUGACGCCUGCGGCCACCGGGCGGGGGCUGGACUUUGUGGCCUGA